AUGGCGUGCCCUUCAGCGCGGGCCUUCCCCUCCAUUUCGUGGAUGUGUCGCCAAUGUCGAAUUCACAACAAAAUCCAAUUGACAGCUCCUCGUCAAUGGAUCCAGCCUCUUGUGCAGCACCAAAGAUUCUCUACGACCAAAUCUUCCGCUGCAGAGGCUCAAAUCCGCGCUGCGCCCGAGAUAGAUCUCGAUGACUCUACAUCUGUGCCGGCUCGAAUCCUUCCACGGUCGCCCUCCUAUUUCACAGCCUCUCCAGUCUUCAACGAUCACCUUUUACUCUUACAAUCACUUGUCAAGAAGCAUUCAACACUGCCGACAGCUCCUCCAGACCAGAUACCGCGGCCUGCUUGGCUAAAACUUAAUCAGUACCGAAGCUCGACUGGUGAACAGGUGGCCGCCUCAAAGUACUCAAAGGUGCUGGUGCUUUUGACGCGAUUGAACAAGAUCCAUCCCAGGUACUGUCCCAAGGAAGUCAAGCAAAUACUGUCACGGUUCAGACGCCCGGGUUCAGAAGAGAUACAGAAGGCAAAGCCUGGCAAAAUCGAUGAGUACGGCAGGUCUGUUGGCAUAGGGAGAAGGAAAGAAUCUUCGGCCAAGGUGUAUCUGGUGGAAGGUACAGGAGAUGUGCUGGUGAAUGGACGCAGUAUCGUACAGGCGUUCCCACGGCUGCACGACCGAGAGAGCGCCUUGUGGGCGCUGAAGAUCACACAAAGGAUGGAUAAGUACAACGUUUUCGCAUUGGUCUCUGGAGGGGGAGUUACUGGUCAGGCUGAGUCCAUCACAUUGGCUCUUGCCAAGGCUCUGCUGGUACACGAACCAGCUCUUAAGCCAGCUCUGCGACGAGCCGGCUGUGUUACUUCGGAUCCCAGACGUGUCGAACGGAAGAAACCUGGUCGGCUCAAGGCUCGAAAGAGACCAGCUUGGGUCAAACGGUGA